CAGCAGGAGCGAAAAGACAAGAGGGAGCGUGCGGCACUGUGAUUCAGGUCUAAUUAAAGGGUUGCUCUCGCGGGGUUAUAAGCGAAGAGCAGCUCUCUGAUAAUCUAGUUGGAAGGCAGCGGCGAAGUUCCACGCGGACAUCGGACCGGGAGAACGCUGCUGGAUGCCGGUUUUGCCUCCACUAUGGCAAAAAUCAUCCUGAGGCACCUCAUCGAGACUCCAGUGCGAUACGAGCAGGAAUUCGAAGCUCGAGGUCUGGAAGACUGCAGGCUGGAUCACGCUUUAUAUGCACUGCCCGGGCCAACCACGGUGGACCUGGGGAAGGCCAGGGCGGCCCAGGCUCCUCCAGUGGACGCCGCUGAGAUGCCGUCCCAGAGAGGCGAAUCCCGCUUCCAGGUCCUGCUGGACGUGGUCCAAUUCCUCCCCGAAGAUAUCAUCAUUCAGACCUUCGAGGGCUGGCUGCUGAUAAAAGCUCAACAUGGAACCAGAAUGGAUGAGCACGGCUUUAUCUCCAGAAGCUUCACCCGACAGUAUAAACUGCCCGACGGCAUUGAAACCAAAGAUUUGUCGGCGAUCCUCUGUCACGAUGGAAUUCUGGUGGUGGAAGUAAAGGAUUCGGCUGGGACCAAGUGACAUGGUGUCGAGAGGAAGAUUCUAGUUUAGCCCAUGGUAUCACGGGAAUGUGUGUAUUAUCCACGUUUGAAAUGAUUUUUAUGAAGAUUAAAAACACAGACAUAAUUCCUGGUA